UUGUAAAGGCUCCUGGAUCAUGAAGCCAAGGGUUUUCGAUGCACCCUGCCCAAACGACUAACAUUGCUCAUUGGAGCCACUCUUUUUCUUUUUGAUUUUUUUCCUUCUGUUACUCUGAUGCACUGCAUUUUCAUCUCCGCAUUAUUAGCAUUCUUCUUUUUCUUUUCUUUUUUUCAACUUAUUCUCUCUCUCUCUCUCUCUCUCUCUUUUACUACGUGCUUUCUAUUGUCUGUCUGGCUUGUUAUUUUUCUCAUUUUCGUAUCGCUCGACGAACCACUAUACCCCCACUUUGGCAGCGCGCAACAGCAGCACACUGGCACACAGCCCAAUUUCCGACUCAUUCCUUUAGCAAAAGAAGAUUGUAACCGCUCGCGCGGGCCAUUAACCUGUACACGUUACCUUAGUGUCUCCAUUAUUGAUUUCAUAUUUGCUUGGUAUGGCGACAUUAUAGUUUGGAGUAACAGAGUGUGAAGGGAGCAAAGGGUUUCGUACACGUCGUUGUGACCCAUAAGUGGCUCGAUACAGUUGCUCAACCCCCUUGCCGAGCCUACUGGCCGAAUGUAAGGGUUGUUUUAUGCUUUGAAAUGUUAUUAAUGCUUAGUACGACCGC